AUGAGUGGCAGACGUAAAUCCGCUCGGAGCUCUCACUCCGCGAAAUCACCAUCGCUCGCGACCAUCUCCGAGAUGGAACCGCCAGAAGGCGCCCCAGCACAGCGGCCAUCCGAACGAUCAUCAGAAGAGACACCCACACCUGAACAGCGGCAACUCAAGCGAGAGCGGUACCAGCUCGCGGGCAACGCGUUCGCGCAACAAGAAUUUGCCCGUCGCCAAAUGACACCCCCCACUGUCAUUCAUCCAGCUUUCCGCCCGGGCUUCAACCUUCUCGACACCACCCAGCCGCUUCCAGAACUCGAUCCGUCCGAGCGACUGCCGCACGCAGAAGAGUCGCCGACGAUGAGGUUGCAGUUCCCGAAGAACUCGCUCGAGACCGACCGGGUCGCCACUUCAGGGCAGAUGCACCGCGAGUCCACCCAGACGACACUGUCUCAGUUCAUGCUCAACCCGCCUGAGAUCGAUCUGGGCACCACUCCAGAGCACACUCCCGUGCCGACUCAACGCGAGUGGCUCGAAACUCGAGACAACCUCGAACUGCACGGCGGUCAGCAGCCACACAUCCCCGUUAUCAAGCACACGCCCAAGUCGACGGCCGAAGAGUUUGCAUCCGCAGUCAGCACCGUCUCCCAGAAUGAAGUCCAAACCGAGCCGCGCACGCCGGGUCACAAGAGCCCAAAGAAGACGACAUUCCUGGAACGUGUGACGAAGUGGACAGCUCGCCGCACUCACACGCAUGCGCAGAAGCAAAAGAGUGAUGCUGAUCAGGCCCCUGACUUGCCUUUGCCGCCAAAAGCGCGCGCAGUGCUUCAACAACCACCACCUGCUCGUGGCCUCGGCCGCUCACCAUCCAAGACCAAGUCUUUCUUCGCCAGAAGACGCUCAGAUGCCAAUGACUUGCCAAAGCCAGAGCCAGUCCGCGCCGCCACUUCACUCGGUCAUCGCACACCGCGAAGUGUCCAUUUUGACACGCCUGAGCCUAGUGCCGCACAAAGCCGUCAUGUUUCAAGGUCGUCCACUGCUCAGCGCACAUCUAAUCUGGGUCGUUCGCAGAGUCUGAAGUACAUCGACAACGCCGUCCCACCUACUCCACCCGCGAAGGACACGCCGCCCGACGAGCCGCCGAUCCGCAACAUGGCUCAACAGCGACCAGCUUUUGCAUACGAGACACCAAGCAAGCCACGCGAAUACACCAGCUCGGGCAGACUGAGUCCGAGUCGCAUCGGCAGCAACAGCAGUCGAGGAGCUGCAAAACUCGUCACACAGCCUAGCAUGUUCUCGCUACGUGCCUCGGUCGUGCCGGGAGCAAUGGAUCAAGCAGAGCUGGACGAUGCAAAUUCGCGUAUUGGUGGACUAGGAAUCGAGGGCUUCAGCAUGCCUCACGAAACACGUCGCGGCAGUUACACUGCUGCAUACAGCCCCAGCGUCUACUCUCCCGACGACUUCCGCAGGUCCGCGGCGCUGUUCCCAGAGCGUGCGGCCACAAUGUCCACUUCUCAGCAGUCCGGCCACCUACUGUCCUCACUGCGCACUCCGAGAGAAGUAGACCGCCUCGAACAGAUGCGGCAGCGCGGGUCACCUCAUACUGCACAGAGCAGCAAUUCUGACAUGGGCACCAUUUCUAUGGUGUAUCCCGACUUGGCGAAAGACCCAUCUAUUGCAUCCUUCAUGAGCAUGGAGCCACCACCGUCUCCUUCACCACAGCCUGGCGUCACCGAUCGUGCUUUCGAUGAGGUCGAGAAGAUGCUCAAUACCAAAGACCAGCAGCGCACGGCCAACCUGAACGUGACUCCGAAGGCAGGUUUCGGAGGCAAAGCGAGCACUUCUACACGCCAUGUAUCUGAAGACUCCAAGGACGGUCUAUUCGCUAUACCAGUGGAGCGUCCUCAGUCCUUCGAUGAGACUACCCCACCAGCAUUCAGCUCAAAAGCAGUGGCCCACAGCACGCUCCACAGACAACAAACUGUCGCAUCUUCACCAAUGGCACAUCAUCUUAGUGCAGUACCGUCUCCGCUUCGCAACAGUGAUGGACAGAUCUAUCUGCCACAGACGACCUUCUCGCCACCGAAGCCACGCUCACGCAAGGAAUCGCACCUGGCAGCUACUGUACCACAGAUUGAGGAAAAGGCGUCCAGCGAGACCUUGCUGUCGCCUUACGAUCCACCAUGGACUCCCAGCGGUCGCCCAAAGCCCAAAGAAGACAUCUUCAAGAACAAGCCGGCUCUUGCUGCAAGCACUGGUGAUGAGCUGGUCGUCCGUCAGUCUCCACCAGUGGGUGGCAUGCGCUGGUCGAACGAAGCACCAGCUACUCCCGGAGAUCCACGCAAAUCGACCACUCGUCGCAAAGUAUCGGCGUUCGAAUCACCGUGGAAGGUGGCGACCACUGCCUCAGAACCACAGGCUCCUUCCAUGCCGCUUCCUGAGGAUCCUGACGAUUUCCACGAUCUAGACGACUUGAUUGAGAUGAUUACUGAGCGAGAUACCGCCAUCCAAGACCUGCAGACCGAGAUGAAGUAUGAGAACACUCGCCUGCAUCAGCGUCUUGCCUCACUGGAGAUCAAGGAUCGCGAGAAGAAGCAUAGCAGCAGGAAGAUCAGCAGUGCCGUGCAAGAGGAGAACAAAUCAAGCAGAGCUGGAAAGCAGUCAGCCAGAGUUGAUGACACCAAGGCGAAGCGCAUCUCCACCUCUUUUGCGCACGAGUACUAUCAGAACCAGACCAAGACAGGUCCCAUCUCGCCGACCGACAGUGUCCCAAUGAGCGAGCGUUCGACCAUCAUCUUGACGCCGAACAUGCCUCAGCUCGGAGCUAUCCCAGACCUGCCUCGGCCACAGGAAGUUCCACGCGAGGACUCUCCAACUCUCCCGCCUGGAUCUCCGAAUCCGGUUGCAACACCACCAGCCAAGAAGGCAUCGGAGUCUACCACUCCUGUCUCGCCUUCGGCGGCCAAUACCGACACGAGAUACAACGACCUCAUGGCUGUGAUGCAGCAACAACAAGCCAUGAUGCUUCAAAUGAUGCAAGAGAUCAAGGACUUGAAGCGCUCUGGCCAGGGCUCGGAGCACUAG